AUGUCCCUUCCGAGUGGCGACCAAGGGUCUGGGUCGUCCAACCAGUCUGGCAAACAGCAACCACUGUUCAUUCUCUCAACACAAGGCAAGAACACAGAAGAGUCUCGACGUUUGGUACGAGCUCAAGCCGCACGAGCUAGCGCUGCACAAAGCCGAGUCACUCGAGCUCGAAAUCGUGGCGAACGAGAGAGUGCUAGUGCUGUGGCGCCAUCACCUCUGGCAGAGGAAUCCACCCAGAUAGCCUCGCCGAUAGUGAGCACCGAUAGCGUAACUUCGUCCUUAAACAUCGUACCGUCUUUAAACGGCGCAUGGCCUUUGGCCGCAUGGCUUCCAUCGAUUGUUGGAGGAGCAAUGGGCGCUGUGCCGGACCAGACGGUUGACUUACUCGGGAAGGUUGGCGAGACUGCUACACAGCCUAUCGGAAGCACAUUAUCGGACGUCUCAUCGCUCCCAUCUACUGGGGUCGGGUUCCUCAAAACCGGAGUCAGCAACACACUGCAAACCCCUGGCAAAUUUCAGCUACCAUUAGCACUGCCACGCGGCUUUACCAUACUCCAGCAAAGAAUAGCAAUAUCCGAGUCCAUGCUUGGGCUUCUAAGCAGAACGGCUUGCGUGGACUUCCACGCACCUGGGGUGGAGAAGAGGUUGCAUCAACUCAUAUUCGACUUGAUUAUCAAUAUAGCUGGAUCAGCGCUUCCAAUACCGACAGCACAGACGACAAAUCCGCUUCAGAGUCAUCUCCGAGUAGCUUGUGUGUGCCUGACAAUCUUUCAAGGUCAGCGCGCAAACGGGCAAGUAUUUGCAGAGGACAGCAAAUAUCAAGUCGGCCUCAACGCAGCAUGGUCCGAGGCCACAAUGCUGGAUAAGACGGCGCUUGACGAGCCGAAAUCUGCUGAAGCAUCACUGUGGGUGAUGUUCAUGAUUACGGUUACGACAGGUGCGACAGCGACAUUCUUCCACCAGCAAGUGCUUGCGCUCCUUCACGACCUUCAGCUGUCUUACUGGGAACAAGUAAGGAAGGUGUUGCUCGACUUCAUAUAUCCUGUCAGCUUCCUGGAUGCGCCAUGCAAGGUGUUCUACGAUAGUCUGCACCAAGCACAAGCUGCGGUCGGCUAG